GGGCAGCCGCUGCAGAGGCAGAACUCCGCAACUGCGAAGUGCUCCGGCCGGCUCCGCAUCUUCAGCCCGGGAAGUAUAACCAAUGUGAAACAUGUUGCAGAAGCAUUCAAAAAGUGGCUGAAGAGGGAAGGAAAAAAGUGCCACUGCCUAUCACAAAACAAAACAAAACAUGGGAAAUACAACCACCAAAUUCCGUAAAGCACUCAUCAAUGGUGAUGAAACCCUGGCCUGCCAAAUAUAUGAAAACAACCCUCAGCUAAAAGAAUCCCUUGAUCCAAACACAUCGUAUGGGGAGCCCUACCAGCACAACACUCCAUUACAUUAUGCUGCUAGACAUGGAAUGAAUAGAAUCUUAGGGACUUUUCUUUUCGGUAGAGAUGGAAAUCCAAAUAAACGGAAUGUGCACAAUGAGACAUCUAUGCAUUUGCUGUGUAUGGGACCUCAAAUUAUGAUUUCUGAAGGAGCCUUUCAUCCUCGCAUAGCACGUCCCGCUGAAGAUGAUUACAGAAGAGCAGAUUGUCUGCAGAUGAUUUUAAGAUGGAAAGGAGCAAAACUUGACCAAGGCGAAUAUGAGAGAGCAGCUAUUGAUGCUGUUGAUAAUAAAAAAAAUACACCCCUGCACUAUGCUGCUGCCUCAGGGAUGAGAACCUGUGUAGAGCUUCUAGUAAAACACGGAGGAGACCUGUUUGCUGAGAACGAAAAUAAGGAUACUCCUUGUGACUGUGCAGAAAAGCAACACCACAAAGAUUUGGCUCUCAAUCUGGAAUCUCAAAUGGUAUUUUCACGGGAUCCAGAAGCUGAAGAAAUAGAAGCUGAAUAUGCUGCAUUAGACAAACGAGAGCCACAUGAAGGAUUAAGGCCUCAGGAUCUUCGCAGAUUGAAAGAUAUGCUUAUUGUGGAAACUGCAGACAUGCUUCAGGCUCCACUAUUUACUGCUGAAGCUUUACUUCGAGCUCAUGACUGGGACAGGGAGAAAUUACUUGAAGCUUGGAUGUCCAACCCAGAGAACUGCUGCCAACGAUCAGGUGUUCAAAUGCCAACUCCACCACCAAGUGGGUAUAAUGCCUGGGACACACUCCCUUCUCCGAGAACUCCAAGGACUACACGCUCUUCUGUAACCUCUCCAGAUGAAAUCAGUUUAUCUCCUGGAGAUUUGGACACAAGUUUGUGUGAUAUUUGCAUGUGCAGUAUUUCUGUAUUUGAAGACCCCGUGGAUAUGCCCUGUGGACAUGACUUUUGUAGAGGAUGUUGGGAAUCGUUUUUGAAUCUGAAAAUUCAAGAAGGUGAAGCUCACAACAUUUUCUGCCCUGCAUAUGACUGCUUCCAACUUGUGCCUGUAGAUAUCAUAGAAAGUGUUGUUUCUAAAGAGAUGGAUAAACGAUACUUACAGUUUGAUAUUAAGGCUUUUGUUGAAAAUAAUCCUGCCAUUAAAUGGUGUCCUACUCCGGGCUGUGAAAGAGCAGUCAGACUAACAAAACAAGGGUCAAAUACAUCUGGAUCUGAUGCACUCAGCUUUCCAUUGCUGAGAGCACCUGCUGUGGAUUGUGGGAAGGGACACCUCUUCUGUUGGGAGUGCCUUGGUGAAGCACAUGAGCCUUGUGAUUGCCAAACAUGGAAAAAUUGGCUACAGAAAGUAACUGAAAUGAAACCAGAAGAACUUGUGGGAGUUAGUGAAGCUUAUGAGGAUGCUGCCAAUUGUCUCUGGUUGUUAACUAACUCCAAGCCUUGUGCAAACUGUAAGUCUCCAAUACAGAAGAAUGAGGGCUGCAAUCAUAUGCAGUGUGCUAAGUGCAAGUAUGACUUUUGCUGGAUUUGCCUAGAAGAAUGGAAAAAGCACAGCUCUUCCACCGGAGGUUAUUACAGAUGUACUCGCUAUGAAGUGAUUCAGCAUGUGGAGGAGCAAUCUAAGGAAAUGACUGUGGAGGCUGAGAAAAAACACAAGCGAUUUCAGGAACUGGACAGAUUUAUGCACUACUACACAAGAUUUAAAAACCACGAGCAUAGCUAUCAGUUAGAACAGCGCCUUCUUAAAACAGCCAAAGAAAAGAUGGAGCAGUUGAGUAAAGCUCUCAAAGAAACUGAAGGAGGCUGUCCAGAUACCACAUUCAUUGAAGAUGCAGUUCAUGUGCUCUUAAAAACUCGACGCAUUCUCAAGUGUUCUUAUCCAUAUGGAUUUUUCUUAGAACCUAAAAGCACAAAGAAAGAAAUAUUUGAACUCAUGCAAACAGACCUAGAAAUGGUCACAGAAGACCUUGCUCAGAAAGUCAACAGGCCUUACCUUCGCACACCCCGCCACAAAAUAAUCAAGGCGGCAUGCCUUGUGCAGCAGAAGAGGCAAGAGUUCCUGGCCUCCGUGGCCCGGGGGGUUGCUCCUGCAGACUCACCUGAAGUUCCAAGGCGCAGGUAACAGGGAUGAUGAACACUGUGGGAUUAUGAACAUCUUGAAUAUGCUGAAUUUCAGUAUCGGAGGAGGCACCGGCAGCAGCGCCGCCGUGGAGACGUGCACAGUCUGCUCAGCGGCCCGCCGGACCCUGAGGAACCAAGUGAUCACACUUUAGAUACCCCUGAGGGUGGCAUCGGCCGCAGAGCCAGCGCCUCCGUGGUCAGUUCUGCGUCCAUGAGCAUGCUGCACAGCUCUUCCCUGCGUGACCGCACCCCUGCCAGUCGCUCCGAACACCAGGAUUCUCUGCAGGCUCUGAGUUCUUUGGAUGAAGAUGAUCCCAAUAUACUUCUCGCAAUACAGUUAUCACUCCAAGAGUCUGGACUGGCGAUCGACGAUGAAACUAGAGACUUCCUCAGUAAUGAAGCAUCCUUAGGAGCUAUCGGCACUUCUUUACCAUCCAGAUUGGACUCGGUCCCCAGGAAUACAGAUAGCCCUCGGACUGCAUUGAGCAGCUCAGAGCUGUUGGAACUUGGUGACAGCCUCAUGAGACUAGGAGCAGAAAGUGACCCAUUUUCAACUGACACCCUUAGUUCACACCCGCUCAGUGAGGCAAGAAGUGAUUGCUACCCCUCGUCCAGUGAUGCUGACUCCGCUGGCCAGGACAACAACAUGAAUGACAAUCUUCUUGGUAAUAUCAUGGCUUGGUUUCAUGACAUGAACCCUCAGAGUAUUGCCCUGAUUCCUCCAGCAGUCACAGAAAGCAGUGCCAAUUCCCAGCACCCCUGUGUCAAGGAUGGGUCAGAAGGCAUGAGGGAUGUGGAAAUGUUGCCACCAGAAGAGUCCGUAUUUGAAGAUGCUGUUAUAAGUGAAGGCAAAGGGGACCAGAUAGAAGAAGAAAAUCUUUUGGAAGAAAAUAUCCUGACUGGGGAAGCAGCGUCUCAAGCUGGCAACAGUGGCAACGAGGCAGCCGACAAGGGGGAUGGUUCAGACGUUUCCAGUCAGACACCUCAGACCUCAGGUGACUGGCUUGAACAAGGACAUUUAGUGUGAACUGCACAACUUUGGGUUCUAGAUGAAUUUCAGGUACAGGCAGUAUACUAGGUGGAAUAUGUUCUAUGAAGACUUUGAUCUGCUUAAUUUCAACUAAAUUAGAAACCACUGACAUUAGGAUUCAAUAUAAAGGAGUUCCUUUGAAUGGUAGCUUCAUUUUAAUUUUUGACCUUACAGGGGAUUUCUUUUAUAUUUAAUUGGAUAGGUUUCCCCCUUACUUUUGCUGACAAAAAGUGCAAGAGAAAAAGGGGAACACAAAUGGCAUAAAUAGGUUACAUGCCCUAUGCUGAGAAAAUUUGCUUCUCUACUUAGCUUAAGAUUGGCAGUAGUCAAGUUGAAUGUUUAAAUUACAGGCUUAUUCCCUAAUCCUUGGGUGGUUUUCCCUUUAAAAAAAGUUUUCUUUAUUCCAGGAGUUCACAUUAACAGUCCUAAUAACAUUUAGUUCCUCAGUCUCUGUGCUCUUCCAUAACUUUCCUUUUUGUCCGAGAAGUGUGGCUACUUCUCUUUAGUGCGGCAUCCACCACCGUGUAAUAAUUUUUAACUGUCCUUUGAAUCCAACAUUUAUUUUCCUGUCUUAUUUACAGUCCAUAUGUGCCAAACUCUGACUAGUGCGCUAACAAGUGUGCGCAGGUGUGCAGUGUUAAAGAGUGCUCCAAAGCAGUUUCGCCAUUCUCGGAAGUAAGCGGUGCCACUUGCUAGCAAUGAUAUUUCAAAAUUUAAUGGGCUUUUGUUGCCCUGGAGACUGCAUUUAAAUAAAUGUAGCCUGUAGCUUAAGUUAACUAAACCUAAUGCUGCUGUUAAAAACAGUUUAUUUUAAUAUUAAAACAGUUGAUUAGCAACAGCGGUGCUGUAUUUAAAGAGACACUUUAUUGGAAGUGCAAUCAUAGUUCCUUGUUUUCACAAUUUUACAGUGCAUUCUAAUUACUAUUGGGUGCAAUUACUUUUAAUGGUGUUUUAUAAAAUAGAAAAAAAGUGGAGUUUUCAUGAGUUAUAGUAAAUCCCACACUUACGUUAAAAAUUCCAUCAAACAUCUUGCGCAACAUGUUACUGUGCCUUUGCCUAACCUAAAUGGAUAGUUGCCAGUUAAAUAAGUGAGUAAUUCAAAUUUCAAUGUCUCUUCUGAAGUAACUAUGCUAUGAAUUGCAAAGACCUCCAUAAAACCACCCAUGGCCUUGCCUUUACAGUAAAUAUAACAACUAAAUGUUCACUUGAUUUGUUUGCCUAAAUAGCAAAUGCUGAGAUGUUUGUUCCAUUGCACAAUACUCAUUUGCUGUGUGAUUACUGUUAAGUGUUUUUUAAAAAAAACAACUUCCUAGUUGUCAGUGUCUUACUGUGAAGAAAAUACUGGUCUUAGUUGUAAUUAAGAUAAAAUGGUACAGUGUGUAAUUAAAACUAGAGUGAACUGUUGGAAUGGCUGUUUUACUUACAUAUUAUCAAAACUAGCAUAACUCAUAAGCAAAAUAGAUACAUAACACUCCAUUUAAUGUUUUACCAGAUUGUUAACAGAAAUCUACAUACACCAAAAUUUUAGUACUGAGUUUGUACAGGCAAGUCCUGAUCUGGGUCAAAGGCUGUAUUAGUAUUGAUGAUACCCACUUGAAUCGUGAUUAUGGUUUCUGAUCACUUUUUAUUUUUCAAACCCCAUUUUGAAAUAUUCUUGUACUUUAAAUUCAUAUGGCUCAGACAUUCUACUAGAGUGUUUAAUAUUUCCCAGUUCUCUUAAGAGAAAUUGUAUAGGCGCUGUUCCUCCAUUAUGGGUAUCACAAGUCCACUCCCAUUUUUAUCUCCCCAGUUAUCACAGGCAUUGUUCCCAAUUCCUAUUAAAGCUAGUUGGGGGAAUUAAUGUUAUCUACAGUGUAUUACUGUAUUAACGGAAAUAGUCGAUUCAAGCAUUUUUUGUUACAAAUUUAUUUUGCAUUAAAAAUACCAACACCACUAAGUGUUUAGACCCAGUUGUAACUUUUCGAUUGGAAGAGUGGGAGUCACCCAUUGGGACAGCUUGUGUAGCUGCAGGGAGGUGGGAAGCAUGCUCUGGGUCAAGCUGGGGGGUUCAGGCUGCCUAGCACUGAUGCAGUACCCUUUGUUUCUGUGCCCUUCUUUCCUGAGCAUGGACAUGAUCAUUAUCCAGUGUGUAUUCCCUUGGUACAUAUUUUAAAGACAAUGUAGUCACUGACUUUACAAUUCAGAAAUAAAGUUUGGCAAAGCCUAUUUUGUAAACAAGUUAAUUUUAUAAUGUAAAAGAAAAAGAAAAUAUACUCUAACCUUGACUUGUUAUUUGCACUUUCAUAGUCUAUACUUGAUACAUUCCCACUUUAUAUGCAGUAGGAUUCUACAACCGUGUAGAUGUUUGGCCAAAUGAAUGCUGUUAAUAAUAUGUAAAAAUUUUUGAUUAAACAUUUAUUACUUAAACUA